UUGUGCGAGUGAGAAGGAAUUACCGUUUAGCUGUCGCGCAUUUUCAAUCGCAAAUUAAAAUGGUUCAAUUCAUGUUUUGUUGCUUUUGCUCUUGAAAAAUAGUUCUGAAACAAGCCAAUUAUCGACUAGAACAGUAAUUCCAGCUAAUCAAUAAUUUCGUUUGUGAGACCCACUGGCUAACAUUAUUUUGCGUUGUUGCUGCGUUUUCGUGCAUUUAAAUUUUCUCACGCACACACAAACACCACUGAGCACACAGGCAACUGCAACAGCUACAGCAACAGCAAAAACAUAGAAAAUUGUGCAAAAACGUGUGACGUGACGACAGCGGGGGAGUGCGGCGAGCUGGGCGGAAAAGUGGCUGUUGAAAGCGGAUUCAUUGUUUUUAUGUGUGCUGCUGUGUGUGGCGGCGAGCGCGCUGCUCACUAAAUUAAUAUUAAAGUGUUUUCGGCAUCAGCGUAGCGUCGUCGUGAUGGCUACUUUUCGUAUACAAAUUCAACACCGCUGCCAGCUGCUCAUUUGGCGAAGAGUGUAAACAAAGCAACGUACGCACACGAACCCACACACACACAAGCAUACACUCUCAAACAAAACCAACUGCGGCUGUGACUGCGACGGAGACUUCUGCGUCGACGUCCUUCACCUUGCGCCUGCUGCUGAGGCUGCCUGCUUGGCUGGGUCUCGCAUAUUGAAUUUCACGUCUCCAAUCCAACAACAUCACCAUCAUCGUACAACUUGGUCUCUUUUGUCUUGGCAACCUGUUCCAGUCCAGACAGGAAGUUUAGCAGAGUGCAGCAGCCAACGGAAGCAGCAGAAAACGCUUCGCUGCCGCUGCCGCUGAGGCCCUCAGCUGCAGCUGUCUCUCAAAAUCAACCGAAUUUGCACAUCUGCAGCUUGGAAUAUGGCCUCUCCUGUCGUCGUUGAUGGCGGCCAAAGCGAAACAGCCUGGCUGGAGGAUCUGCUGCGCGAAGUGCAGCUGGAGCAGUUUCUGGAGCGGAUACGCGACGAUCUGCAGGUAUCGCGCCUGGCCCACUUCGACUAUGUACUGUCCGAAGAUCUGGAACGAUGUGGGUUGGGCAAGCCGGCCAUACGACGCUUGCUGGAGGCUGUGCGCAAAAAGAAGGCUCAUCAGUGGCGCAAGAACAUCCUGUCCAAGCUGAUUGGGGGUGGCAAGCAACCCUCGUCCAAGAAGCAAGCCACCGCAGCGCGGGACUCGACACAGGGCAAUGGCACGCAGCUAACCUGCCUCAUCCAUGAGAAGGACAUCACCAUGGGCCUGAAACUAGGUGACGGCUCCUUCGGGGUUGUGCGACGUGGCGAGUGGAGUGCCUCGCCGGCGGGCAAGGUGAUACCGGUGGCCGUCAAGGUGCUCAAGUCGGAUAAUCUUACCCAGCCGGGCAUUAUCGACGACUUCUUCCGCGAGGUGCAGGCCAUGCACGCUCUGGAUCACUCAAAUUUGGUGCGGCUGUACGGCGUGGUGCUGUCCCAACCCAUGAUGAUGAUCACGGAGCUGGCCGAGCGAGGCUCUCUACUCGACACGCUGCGCAAGCAGUGCCGCCACACGGCUCUCACCCACAUCUGGAACUGGUCCGUUCAGAUAGUGACUGGAAUGGCAUACCUCGAGCAGAAGCGCUUCCUGCAUCGCGAUCUCGCCUGUCGCAAUGUCCUACUGGCCGCUGGCAACAAGAUUAAGAUCGGAGACUUUGGCCUGAUGCGCGCGCUGCCCCAGGAGGACGAUUGCUACGUCAUGUCGGAGCACAAGAAGGUCCCCUUCCCAUGGUGUGCCCCUGAAUCGCUGCGCUUCCGCCAGUUCUCGCAUGCCUCGGACACUUGGAUGUUCGGCGUGACUCUCUGGGAGAUGUUCAGCUUCGGCGAGGAUCCCUGGGUGGGCCUGAAUGGCUCCCAAAUUCUCCGUAAAAUAGAUCGCGAGGGUGAGCGCCUGCAUCAGCCAGAUGCAUGUCCGCCGGAUGUCUACGCCAUGAUGUUGCAGUGCUGGGACAAGACCCCCGCAGAACGUCCAACCUUUGCGGCUCUCAAAGAAUACUUGGUCAGCAUGUCACCGCCGCUUAUGCGUGCCGCGCGCGUAUUUAACGACUCGAAGGGGUUGAAAAUUGAGGCUGGUGACACCAUUGCCAUUAUCGAUGGAAGGCCCGAGCUGAAGCUGAUCAAGGGUCAGAACCAGCGCACAUAUGAGAUUGGCAUCUUCCCAAGAAACUUACUGGAACAGCAGCGUAAGGCUGCAUCCACUGGCGAUGUGGUGAUGCGUAGCAGUGCAGGCAACGGCUCCCCGUUCGGCUUUUGCUGGGGUGGUGGCGCCGGAGCCAUGGCCAACGGCGAGGAGCGUCAGAGAAAGUGCGCCUCCCUGUCGAACCAGAGUCAUGCCAAGGAGCGAAAGUCCACGACCAGCAAGCAGUUUGCCUACAACAAGCUAAUCAACGAUUCGGCUGGGCUCCAGCGACGCAAUGCAGUGAAGCAAAGGGGAUCUAUGUCGAAGGCAACAGGUGUGGCAGUUGGUGGGCCACAGCGACCGCCGCCGCCUCAGUUCCAGCAGGAGGGAAUACUCAUUGACAUUUCGCCGGAGGUGCGACCUUUGGCCGGAGGAUCAGCUGGCGACAGCUCAUCCAUGCAGAUGGACAGCUCAUUCUGCAUAUUGGAUGCCCCGAUAGAUGUGCCCACAUUUUCCGACGUCGAAGGAUCACUGAAUGUAUCUCCAACGUUUUUCGAUGAGCAGGCGCACUUUGAGUUCGACACAGCCAACCUGACUGCCUCUCCGGGACGCUUGCAGCCUCCUCCAUACCAAAUGCCGCCAACCUAUUCCAACACCAUGGAGUUUGCCCAGAAGCGAGAGCUGAACCAACAGCAGUCUACGCCAGUGAGGGAUCGGGAACAGGAUCGGGAUCCCUUCGACACCAGCAGCCUGGAGCGAGCAGUAACACUCUACUCGAAUCUAAAUCAAUGUCUGGGGGCGUCGCCAUCGCCAGUCCCCAUGUAUAACAGUCCCUCGGUGAGGAAGAGCCUCUUUGGCGGUCCCAACUCGAAUAAGGAGAACAUGCCUGCCCUGGAGUCGGCAGCCAUGCAGCUGAAUCUCAGUAAUCUGUCGCUGGACAGAACCGAACCGAACACCGCAAUCGCCAGUCUCCCCGUGGAGCCUUUGCCGGCAGCACCGGCCCCAAGCGCUGAGAGCGUAUUGCUGGACAAGUCAUUCAUUGCCGAGCUGGAGAAGGACAUGUACAGCAAUGGCCAGAACAGGGCCCAGGAGGAAUACGAGCGCAACUCGACACAAGUGUAUGCCAACAAGGAUAUGGUGUACAAACAGAAUCUCACGCCCCUCAAGAACGGCUGUGCCAAUUCGAAUCAUUCCAGCCCGUCGUCGAAUACCUCACCCAAGCAGAACAACGUGGAGGCCGCUGCCGCCGUUGCAUCCACCCAAAGUGUGGUGAAUCGCAUCUGGUACGAGCAGGUGGCUGCAACGCCUUCAGAGUACUACGCCCAGCCACCAGCAGAGCAGCCAGAGGAGCAACUGUACCAGAACCACCAGCAUCCCCAGCAGCCAGAGACGAAUCAUUCGUUUGUGGCCAUAUCGAAUCGCGUUGUGGCGCCCAAGAACAACACUUACGCCUCUUCUGCCUCGCUCUAUGAUGCAGUGGCGGCCAGCACGGCUGGAUCAACCUACUAUGGUCAGGUACCAAAUGGGGCCAGUGGUCCCGCGAUCUACGAUGAGGUCACACUCGAUGAUUACCUUCGGCCGCAUCGACCAGCCCCUCUGGCUCCGCCGCCACUCUCAGCCCAGCAAAUCCACAGGCGGAUGGAGAAAAUGCGCCAGCAGCAUCUGCAGGACAUGGAGGGAGCCCAUCAGCUGUAUGCCCCCGUCCCCUCGGACUAUGCCCGCGAACAGGAGAAACUUCAGCAGAUGCUGCAGGAGCUGGGCAGUGCGGCCAUCGAGUUGGAGGUGCGCAAUGCGCUGCGGGCAGCCGGCGGAGACGUGUCCUUGGGCACGCGCCACUACAAGAUCGAUCAGCUGUCGCGACUGGGCUUGGCCGGCAGGGGUCAAUGCGAGCAGGCCCUGCAGCAGAGCAACUGGAGUCUUGAGGUGGCUGCGGAACUGCUCCUACAGAGUGCUGGCUAGCUCUUGCCAGCCCCCUAACCAAUGUCGCUUAGUUAGUUUAGUUAAUGCAUUAAUCCGCAGAUCACCAAGCCGUUGCGUGCUUUUAUUUAAUUUGCUGAAUGCUGGGAAGGAUCUCGGCGGAAUCUGUGUCUACAAUUAGUAACUAUGUCUCGAAUCUUUGUCAGAAUACUCCUAAGUGAAUGCACGAAGCAAACACACAAUGUCAACGACUAUGAUAUCUUUUAUUUUAUGUAAGCGAUGCGAACGAUUUUAUAAGUGUUAUAUUCAACGACUGCAUAAU